AUGAAUUUGUUGGCCCAAAGCAUGGACAACGCAACGGAUGAAAUGGAGCAGUUACCGUUGGUAGCCAGUCGACGCAAUUUGGCCAAAAUUGUGGCCGAUUGUCGCCUGCAAAUCGAACCAACUGUUGCAGCAGCAGCACCAAUAACAGCAACAGCAGCAGCAACAGCAUCGACAGCAGCAGCAGCAACAACAACAACGUCAGCAACGGUUGCAGUUGCAGCUAGCAGCAAUUGCAACAGCACAUCCUCUGCCUCCUCAACCAGCUCCUCAUCGACAACCUCAACGGAUUUGCCCAGCACGGAUAAUCUGGCCAAGACUUGCAUUUUAGCUGAUGCCAAAAGUGCGGCUCAGGCGCCUUCGUUGACGUUUCCUUUCAUAAAUGCUACCAAGCAACAGCAGCAACAACUUCCUACUGCGCAGCAGCAACAAGUACAGCAACAAUUGCAACAGCAACAGCAACAACAACCAACAAUACAGUUAACAUUUCAGAACUUAAAUGUGCUGCACAACGAUCGCAAAAUUCUUUCCGAUGUGAGUGGAUUAGUCAGUCCUGGCGAGGUACUGGCUAUUAUGGGUCCUUCGGGCAGCGGCAAGACGACGCUGCUCGACUGCCUCAGCGGGCAGCGGCACUUUGACAGUGGCAGCGUCUACCUGAAUCGCGAGCCCCUUUCCAAACGUUGGCGUCGCAAAAUUGGCUACGUGCUGCAGGAGGAGAUCUUCUUCACGCAGCUAACGUUGCGCGAGACCGUCAUGUAUACGGCGAUGCUGCGUCUGCCGGAGAAGAUGGCGCGCGUGGAGAAGCUGCGGCUGGUCGAUCACAUAUUGGAGACGCUGGAACUCACCUGCUGUCAGCAGACCAAGUUUGGCGAUUACCUCAAUCGUGGUCUGUCGGGGGGCGAGAAGAAGCGUGCGAAUAUCGCAUGCGAACUGCUGACCAAUCCGCUUCUAAUGCUGCUUGAUGAGCCCACCUCCGGGCUGGACAGCCACUCGGCCAUAUCGUUGAUGAAGGUGCUGAAGCGCUACGCGCAGCUGGAGCAGAAGACAAUUGUGAUAAGCGUGCAUCAGCCGUCGUCGCAGAUGUUUCACAUGUUCGACAAGCUGCUGCUGCUGCAUCAAGGACGAACUGCGUACUUUGGCGAGGUGAACAAUAUCUACAGGCACUUUGAGGACAUUGGGGUGACCAUCAAGGCGCACUACAAUCCCGCGGACUUUGUGUUGGAGCAGCUGAAGUCGCAUCCGGAUAUACGCGAAAAGCUGUUCAUCGCUGCCAGGGAGUCGCAUGGCAACUACUUGAAUCGCAACUGCAUCAGCAAUCCGGACAAGUCGAAGCAGCAGCAGGACACCAUACUGAUCAACGACAUCAUCAACAACUACUACAAUCAACGACACCAUCAGCCUCAUGACCUUCAUCACAAUCACAAUCAUCAUCAGUAUCACACGGCGAACGGGGUCUGCGAGGCCGAUGAGGAGGCUGCUCAGCACCUGGUUUGGUCCGGCGCCGAUUCGCAAUCAAAUUUCAGUUCCUGUGCCUCCAGCGACUGCCAAUCGUACCGCGUGGGCAAGGGCUCCGUUAACGAUGACGACUGGCUCUCGUAUCCAACACGUUUUCACACCCAAUUCAGCGUCCUCUCGAGUCGCAAUUUCAAAGAGGCCAAGCCGCGCAUGUUGUCCAAGUUGAAUUGGUUCCAAACAAUCGGCUUGGCUCUGAUGGCAGGCGCCAUUUGGUUCCAGCUGCCGCGCACCGAGGAGUUCCUUCACGAUCUGCAGGGCUGGAUGUUCUUCUCGCAAACCUAUUGGAUGCUCUUUGCGCUCUUCGGUGCGCUCAAUUCAUUUCCUUCGGAACGUGAGGUGAUCAGCAAGGAGCGCCGCUCGGGCGCGUAUCGGCUCUCUGCCUACUACCUGGCCAAAAUGUGCGCGGAGCUGCCUUUGGUGAUAACGCUGCCGACUGUCUACCUCAUGAUAAGCUAUCCCAUGCUGGGCUGCAGCAGCUUGAAGCUCUUCUUUCUGAUGCUCAUCUUUUUGCUGUUGAAUACGAUUGUGGCGCAGAGCGUUGGCUUCUUCAUUGGCGCCUGCUGCAUGGACAUGAAUGUGAGCAUCACGCUGAGCGCGCUCUACACGCUUGCCACACAGCUCUUCGGCGGCUAUUUGUCGUCGCGCAUUCCGGAAGGUCUCAGCUGGAUACGUUACACGUCGAUGAUACACUAUGCAUACCAGAAUAUGCAGAUUCUCGAGUUUCGCGAGGGACCGGCUAUUAGCUGCGGAUCGCCGAGCAGCUAUGAGAUAUGCAAACAGCAGACAACAGAAUUCAUUCCAUAUGAGGAAAUACUCAAAGCACAAAAUUCAACAUCUCCGCUCUGGCUGAAUACGCUAAUAUUGAUGAUGUUCUUUCUGGUAUUUCGGGGACUGGGCUAUGCGGUAUUACGCUAUCUCCGCUGUCCACAAAAGUCGUGAUAUAUAUAGCUGACAACGAACCAGUGAUACGUAAUGAUUAGUGUGUAGCCUUCUAAAAAUCCUAUAAAUCUAAAAAACAAGAAACCGAGAAAAAAACACUAUCCACAAAAUGUUGAACAAAUUACAAACGUGCGCCAAUUGUUGUGAUUCAAUAUUAAAGCCACAUUUAGCUUAUAUACUUCUUUUAUGUAUAUAUAUACAUAUCUAAAUAUUUAUGUAUUUGGCAAACGGCAGGCGCUAUAUCCAAAAUUUGUUGUUU